AUGGCAUCACUGGUAGCCGCAUUUGGAUCAUCUUUCCAGUAUGGGUACAAUGUCGCUGUUGUCAACUCCCCCUCAGAGAUCAUGAAACACUUUUACAAUGAAACCUACCAUAAUAGAACCUUGACAUAUAUGAGUGGUCCAAUCGUGACCCUGCUGUGGGGUCUCACCGUGUCUAUGUUUCCUCUGGGAGGCUUAAUUGGGUCACUCAUUGUUGGCCCAAUGGUACAUGAGUUUGGUAGAAAGGGGACCUUGCUGAUCAACAAUAUAUUUUCCAUUAUCCCUGCAACUUUGAUGGGAUGCAGCAAAAAGGCUAAGUCCUUUGAGAUAAUCAUCUUUGCCCGAAUUGUGGUGGGAAUAUGCGCAGGUGUAUCUGCCAAUGUGGUCCCCAUGUAUUUGGGAGAGUUGGCCCCCAGAAACCUGAGAGGGGCAGUUGGUUUGGUCAAUCAACUGUUCAUCACUAUUGGGAUCUUUAUAGCUCAGGUCUUUGGUUUUCGGAGCAUCUUAGCAACGGAAGAAGGAUGGCCGAUUCUCCUCGCCCUGACUGCGAUCCCUGCCGUCUUGCAGGUGCUUUUGCUGCCCUUCUUCCCAGAGAGCCCCCGUUAUAUCCUGAUCCAGAAGGGAGAGGAAGAAGGGGCCCGAAGAGCUUUAAUGACACUGAGAAACACUGAUAAUAUCGAGGCUGAAGUGGAGGAGAUCCGUAUGGAGCAUGAGAUGGAGAAGGCUAGUGGCACAGUGUCUGUGUGGAGACUCUUCGGCAUGAAGAACCUCCGAUGGCAGCUCAUUUCCAUUAUAGUCUUAAUGGCUGGCCAGCAGCUUUCAGGAGUCAAUGCGGUUUACUACUAUGCAGACCAGAUCUACAGGGCAGCAGGAGUGGCUGAAAAUAAUGUCCAGUAUGUCACAGCGGGGACAGGUGCAGUCAAUGUCGUGAUGACCGUCUUAGCUGUAUUCAUUGUGGAGCUCUUAGGGAGGAGGAUGCUCCUCCUGAUUGGCUUCAGUGUCUGCUGCCUGGCCUGCAUCGUGUUAACAGCAGCCCUUUCACUCCAGAACACUGUGGUUGGGAUGCCUUUCCUCAGCAUCGUUUGUGUGAUCACCUAUGUUAUAGGGCAUGCUAUUGGGCCUAGUCCCAUUCCUUCGCUGAUUAGCGCUGAAAUCUUUCUUCAGUCCUCCCGGUCAGCUGCAUUCAUGAUCGGAGGCACUGUCCAUUGGCUGUCCAACUUCAGCGUGGGACUGCUCUUCCCUUUCAUUCAAAAAGGUCUUGGUACCUUCAGCUUCAUUAUCUUUGCUGUGGUAUGUAUCCUUACUGCAUUGUAUACCUACUUCAUCAUCCCAGAGACCAAGGGUAAGACAUUUAUUGAAAUCAACCAGAUUUUUGCCAAGAUCAAUAACAUGUCAGAAGUUCAGCCAGAGAAAGAGGAAUCUUCCAACUUCUAG